CGUACACUGCAAGCGUGGGGCCGACAUGUUCCCGCCGGCCCCGGGACCCGGACCUGCUCCGCCGUGCUCGGCGACGUGCCGCCGCUGCUCGCCGCCCGGGCCGUAGGCUGCGCCGGGCUGACACCAUGUGGAGCUCCGUGACGGACACCCUGGGCAACAUCACCAAGCUGUGGCGGCGGCGCAGGAUGGCCAGGACCUGCAGCCAGGCGGGCUCCGGCGGCGGCGGCGGCCAGGGCCCCGGUGGCGCUGCGGGGGCGGGGGCCCCCGAGCAGGCAGGCGUGCCUCAAGGUGGGUCCUCCGGCCCGGGACGGCCCGAACUGCGCUGCGAAGACUCGGAAGAGCGUGACCAACACCCAGCGAUGGAUGCGACAGCCGUGCGGGCGUGGCUGCGCGCGCACCCGGAGGUGCUGGAGAAGCACGUGAUGGACGAGCUGGAGCUGGAGACCCUGGAGCGCUGGAUCAUCCGCAAGACGCAGCGCGCCAAGAAGAUGCAGCAGCAGCAGGGCCAGGCCGGCAAGAACGGCAGGAAGACGUCGCUGUCGAGGUGGAAGUUCUGCGUGCACGCCGACAAGCGCCAGAUGCUGCAGGAGCUGACGCAGUCGCUGCAGCGCGGCCCCUCGCGCGCGCACGUCCUCUGCGAGCUGGCGGGCUGCAUCAGCUCGGCCGUGGGCGCCGACGGCUUCCGCCUCUUCCUGGCCGAGCAGGGCGACCCCGACAACCUGACAGAGUACGUGGGCGAGAAAGAGCCCACGCCGCUUCCCCCGUCCUCUGCGCGCCGCUCCUCGGGGCUGACGGUGCCCGGCUUUGUCGCGAGGACUCGGGAGCCCGUCAGGCUGUCGUACUCCGAGCCGGACUCGAGGUUCCCCAACGGAAUGGCCUACAACGGGCACGUCCUGUGCCAGGCGGUGCUGCAGCCCGACGGCUCGCUCGCCGGCGUCCUGGAGCUGCGGCGUGGCCCCCACAGCCCGCCCUUCCACGAGGAGGACGAGGAGAUCAGCCAGUCGUACCUGGUGUGGGGCGGCAUCGCGCUGCACUACGCCCACCUCUACCUCACGCAGGACCGCCAGCGGCGGCUCAACGACUUCCUGCUCACCGUCGUCAA